AAGCGAAUGUGUUAUCUCUGAACCUUUUCUUCUCUCUUCAACUCUCGCUCCCUACUCUCUAUUUUUUUUUCCUAAAAAGAAAUUAUUGUUUUGAAAAGUCGGUUUAAAUUUCAAAGUUGGUAUUAUGAAAGAAUUUGAACUUGACAAACCUGAUCCUUUUCCUGUAAACAAAAUGAUAAAUUGUGAUAAGAAUGUCCGUUGGUUGCCCGGUGUUGAUUAUUCGGAGGAGCUUGUUGUAGGAGGAAGCCAAGUUUUUUUUUUUUAAAAAAAAAAAUUCCAGGAGGAUUUUGGUUCGAACGUCUAUUGGAUUGCCAAUUCUCUUCUUUUCGCCUAUCGUGUACUUGCAGUUGCAGGUCAAAAAAUUCAAGUUCUAACAAACCCAGACCCUUCCCUGUCACUGUUUCUUGGUUCUUACUUCUUCCCACACCAGAAACCGAAAAUUUCUACCCAACCACUCCUCUCCUCCUCCACCUCUCAACAUCUUCCUGGCGCUUUUAUUCUUUUGAUUUUUAAAUGAAAUGGCGGAACACAAUAGACCCCCCCAACAACAGGGGUUUCUAUCUUAAGAUGAAGCUCCUCCCAAAACAUACCAGCAGACCUCCCCCAGAAAUAAGCUGUUUCUUCAAAUAUUACAAAUGGCUUCUCUGGUUCUCCCUUUCUCUCUAUUUCUUCUCCUCCUGUUUCAUCACCAAUAAUAAUCCCCCGGCCGAGUCUGACUCUUCUCACCAAUCUCAAUCCACCCUUCUCUCUAGUCCUCUUCUGGAAUCCCCCAACAUCACCGCUCUAAACCCCUCAGGGGUUCUAAACGACUUGAAGAUUUUCGUGUACGAUUUGCCUCCCAAAUAUAACUCCGACUGGCUCUCAAACAGGAGAUGCAGCAAUCAUCUGUUUGCGUCCGAGGUAGCCAUUCACAGGGCGUUGUUGACGAGCGAGGUUCGGACGUUUGACCCCUACGAUGCUGACUUCUUCUUCGUUCCCGUCUACGUGUCAUGCAACUUCAGCACCGUUAAUGGGUUCCCGGCGAUUGGUCACGCGCGCUCCCUAAUCUCCUCCGCCGUCCAACUCAUCUCCUCUCAAUACACCUUCUGGAAUCGGACCCAAGGAUCGGACCACAUCUUCGUCGCUUCCCACGACUUCGGCUCCUGUUUCCACACCUUGGAGGACGUGGCAAUUGCAGACGGGAUACCGGACUUCUUGAAAAAGUCAAUCAUUUUGCAGACUUUUGGUGUUGAAUACAAACAUCCAUGUCAGGACGUUGAUAAUGUAGUAAUACCCCCGUACGUGUCGCCGCGGAGUCUGAAGAAUACGCUGGAGAAAGAACCGGCGAACCGACGGCGAGAUAUUUGGGUGUUCUUCAGGGGCAAAAUGGAGCUCCAUCCUAAGAAUGUCAGCGGACGAUAUUACAGCAAGCAAGUGCGGACGGAGAUAUGGCGGAAAUUCAACGCUGACCGGAGGUUUUACCUGCAGAGGCAGAGAUUCGAGGGUUACCAGUCGGAAAUCGCCCGGUCAGUGUUCUGUCUGUGCCCGCUGGGAUGGGCGCCGUGGAGCCCGAGACUGGUGGAAUCGGUGGGGCUGGUAUGCGUGCCGGUGAUAAUAGCGGACGGCAUCCGGUUGCCAUUCCCGUGGGCGGUGAGGUGGGAGGAGAUAUCGGUGAGAGUGGCGGAGAAGGACGUGGGGAAGUUGGGAAGGAUGCUGGAGGAGGUGGAGGCGACGAACCUGAGCGCGAUACAGAGGAACCUGUGGGAGGCGAGGAGAAGGCGGGCCCUGCUUUUCAACGAUGAGGUGGAAGAAGGGGACGCCACGUGGCAGGUGCUGGAGGCACUGGGGCAGAAGCUACAUAAGAGUUACAAGAGGGCUAAGCACCAGUGGGGUGUUGACACGUGACAGAAAGGAGGAGAGAGUGGUGCCAGCCCGCUGGCCUGGAUAUGCUCGCCGCCUUUAAUUCUUUAUGGCCUGCCAGGAUAAGGAAUUACAAAAUGUGGAAUUAAUCAGUGCUUCUCUAGAUGAAUAAUAGAAUAAAUGAAAGAAGGGGAAUUUGAAGGCAUCGAGGGGUGGGGCGGGGCCCAAAUCGCAGAUUAGUGCUUACUGUGAACCGGGCUGCGUACGGUCUGUCAACCCUUUCGGCUGUGUUAAUGCUGACGGGGAAGGGUCUCUAGUGGCGUGGCUGUCACUCAUUGGAUGAAGGUUGCCGCAGCAGAACGACUUUUUUACAGACGCCUAUUUUGACUUUUGAGGAUUCUGAUGUUAAGGGGAGUUCCCUCUUGUAAAUCACCAUCAAUUUUACUGUAAAUAGUAAAUGCCACUGCAAGUAGGAUGCUGAAGAAGCACGACAUUCUUUCUUCUACGGUUCUACCACAUGUUAAUUUAAAAAAAUAAAAAUAAAACUCCACCUUAAAAUUGUUUUUUAUUUCA